AUUCAUUGGUUCUGUUAAAGCUAACCCGACUUCACGAUAUCAGUAUUGAUUAUUCAUGAUUUCGAAAAUUAUUGGUUUAGAUAUUAUACUUUUAUAUACUUUUCACUUAAAAACGAAUCAACACUAUUAAAAGAGAAAGAGUCUUAAAAAAUCUAAUAUAAAAAAGUUGUUGAAGUCAUGUAUAACUAUUUUUUUUUGGUAAUACCAUUAAUCAUUCUAACCAUACAAUAUUUUAAGUAUUUUUAACAUAUCCUAAUAUUAUUCUUUAUGAUACAUUUACUCAGAAAAAUAUUUCAUCAACCAUGUUUUUGUACAAUAACGUUAAAACUCUAUAUCAAAAGGUUGUUAGAGCUGAUAUGGACGUAAUGGGUCCAAAUAUGUUCAGUAUUUAGGAUCCUAAAAAUUUUGAAAUAUCUAAAAAAUCUGAAAAAUAUUCGAAACUCCAAGCAAAUACGCAAAAAAAUUUAAAUGCCUUAAAAUUUAAAAUCUGACAUGAUGAACUGAAAAAUACCAAUUUUUUUUUUAAAAAAAUUUACCCGAAAUCAAAAGCUAUAAUCGUAAACCAAAAACUUUAAAAAAUAUCCAUAAUACCGGAAACAUAUUCGAAAUAUCCAAAUAUACCUAAUAAACACAACAUAUUUAUUAUGAGGUCUAGGGUAGGAUCCAUACUUAAACAAAGCCAUGCGGAUCGAAAAAAAACCCAAUAGGUUAUCUUCUCUGGACCUGAACUAAACCUAUAUUUUCGGAUCGGUUCGGUUUAUUUUUUUGAUCCGGUAUAAUUCUCAUGUCUAAAAGAAACUUACGUAAAAGUGUACAUAUAAAAUCUCAAAUAAACUAAUUCAUAGAUUAUAUAACUGUUAAAAAUUAUAUUUUUUAUUAUAAUAAAAUUUUGAAUUAUAAUAUAAUAAAAAAAACCCGCGCUUGGAAAGCGCGGGUCAAAAUCUAGUUACAUCAUUAAAUGGUAUUGCGUUGCCACCGUUAUGAUCAAUGUAUUUAGACAUACAAAUUUGGUUAAGGAUCAAAAGUUCGAAUUAAUUUUUACGGUUUAAAGGAAAAAAUGAAAUCAAAUUGUAAACAGAAGUUCCACUUAAUAAUUGUAAGUUGAACGAAGAAUAAGGACCUACAUAUCUGACCGAAAAAAUUACUUUGCGAAGACCAAUUAAUAUACAUUCGUAUUUGACUUGCUCAUAUAUUUUUUUUUGGGUUGAAGUAUGUUUUAUUAGUUUCCACUCCAGGUUGAACAAAAUAAAUUCACUCCAUAAUUAAUACUCUCUCUCCCCCAUCCCAUCACAAUCUCCAUCUUCAUCUCCAUCUCCAUCCCUGCGUCUUAUUGUAUAAAGAUAAUCCCGCAAGAGUAAAAACUAUUCCUUUCUCUCUUCACCAUGGCUGAUCCUUAUUCCAAUUUCUUCACAGGCUGGUUCAAGCCCAACCCGUUUCACAAUUAUCUUAAUUCAUCCAGUAACCCUUCUUCUCCUCUUCCUCCUCCUUCUUCAUUCUUCUUGAUCCCUCACCCCGGAGACCUUCGCCGUCCACCACCUACUACUCCUCCUUCCCCUCCUCCCCGUGAAGCCCUCCCUCUCCUCAGCCUCAGCCCCGCCAACAAACAACAAAACCACCAUGACCUAAUUCAAGAACCACCUUCAACCUCCAUGGAUGUUGACUACGGUCAUCAUCACCAUCAAGUUGAUCAUAAUCUCGAUAAAGAUGAUCAUGACGUCACCGUUGCUCUUAGCAUAGGCCUUCCAAGCCCUAGUACUCGAGAUAUGGCCUCUUUGUUCAUGAUGUCUUCUUCCUCCUCUUCCUCGAGGACCACUAAUCAUCAUGAGAACAUUAACGACAAGAAAGAUCCUCACAACGACUACCAUCACGGAAGCGCCGGAGGAGGAGAAGAUGACGAUGAAGAUUCAGCCGGCGGAUGUAGAAUCAGUAGACUCAACAAGUAUCAAUAUUGGAUACCUACACCUUCUCAGAUUCUCAUUGGCCCUACUCAGUUCUCUUGUCCUGUUUGCUUCAAAACCUUCAACAGAUACAACAACAUGCAGAUGCAUAUGUGGGGGCAUGGAUCACAAUACAGAAAAGGACCCGAAUCUCUAAGGGGAACGCAGCCAACUGGAAUGCUGAGGCUUCCCUGCUACUGCUGCUCACCUGGCUGUCGCAACAACAUUGACCAUCCAAGAGCAAAGCCUCUCAAAGACUUCAGAACACUUCAAACACAUUACAAGAGGAAGCAUGGAAUCAAACCCUUCAUGUGUAGGAAAUGUGGAAAGGCUUUCGCUGUCCGAGGGGACUGGAGAACACAUGAGAAGAACUGUGGCAAGCUUUGGUAUUGCAUUUGUGGAUCUGAUUUCAAGCACAAGCGAUCUCUGAAAGAUCACAUCAAGGCUUUUGGAAAUGGCCACGGAGCUUAUGGUAUUGAUGGAUUUGAUGAAGAAGAUGAGCCUGCCUCUGAGGUAGAACAAUUAGACAAUGAUCAAUGAGUCAAAAUAGCUUAUAUACAUUAGUAUAAGUACGUAGUAAAUUAGUAUAUAUAUAUAUAUAUAUAUAUAUUAAUCCUAAGAAAACCUAAAUUUAUGGACCAAUACUUAGCAAAAAAAAAAAAAUUUAUUGACCAAGUUUUGCUGGAGGUAACUAGGGCUUCUCUGAGUAAGAUAUCAUCUAAUUGAUCAUAGAUAAAAAUAAAUAAAGCGUCAUAUCACUUGGAAAAUUUUAAAUAUAGUAUCUCUAGUUUCCUACUUAAAUUUAUUACAAGGCAAUGUGUAAAUUAACUAAUGAGGUAUCUUCACGAUAUAUAUUUGUUUAUAUAAUUUUGCGUUAAUUUACUUUUGUUUCUAACGAAAUAAAUCAUAAAUGUUUGUUAUAUUUGCUACAGAAUAGUAAAAUACCAGAAAAGAAGAUACUAUAUAUUCGUGCCUGGCAUGCAUUGUUAGCAAUGUUCACUAUAUAUACUACAUUCUAGAGCAUAAUGAAUAUUUCCAGAAUUUAAUUCGAGCAAAUAUAUGAUAGAUUCUAUAUUUUUUUGCUUUUUCAAAGAUAGUUGUUUUCUGGUGGAGUUAUCUUUGGUAUUAUUUUAUAAUAGUACUCAAAUAAUGCUACUUAAUUGUCUAGUAACAUCAUGGAGAAUAAUGAGAGAAUGGACACUAGAGAAUAUGACAACUCAAGUGCUGAACUUUCUUAGGAUCAUCAAGUUAUACGUUAUCAUACUUCAUUUAUUUUAAAAUGAUGUAAUGAUGCAAUACGUAUAUCAUAUGGUUGAAAUGGUUGGCAAUAGAAUUAAAGAUUCAAUUUGGUUUUCUUCCUGCAAAGAGCUUUUAAUUUUUAACAAGCUCUUUAUUUUUUUAUCUUUUCCUUUUUUGUUAGUGGAGAGUCAUAUUUGCUCGUUGAAGUAACAUUACACCUGUUUAUCUAUACACAUGAUUAUCUCUCGAUUGUGGCUUGUAGAUACGCACAUAGAUAAUAAUCUAAUUUUCAUCACGUAGAAAGGUAUGCGUAUAUUCUUUUUUUUUGAAAAAAAUUAUAAAGGAAUGCGUAAACAGUAAAUAUCUCAACAAAGAAAAACAGUGAAUAUCUCUUUAGUGCUGUAUAUGCAUACGUGUGCAAGCAGUAAUGUAUACAUAGGUGAAGAAGAGGCAAAAAUUAAUGUGAAUGAGAGUGAUAAAACAAAGGAGAAGAGAGUGGAGCCCUAAUGCAAAGGGUGUGAUGGGUUGGGCAGAUUUGGGAGCAAAGAUUGAUGGUAUCAACAGUUCUUUUUUCUUCUCUCUCUCUCUCACUGUUAUUUGAUUUGAUAUCUCAUUUUUUCUUUGACCAUAUCUCUCUAUGACUCUAUCUAUACACACUCUCUCUCACGCAGAUGACAUAACUUUCAUAAGUACUCCAAUUAAAACCCCACACCCUUGCUUCUUUUGUAUUCGUUAAUAUUCAAGGUUACACCUUCUUUUGUUUUUGAUAGAUUUCAACCAAAACUAAAAUCUUACACUAAAUCACUAAUUAAAUUUGUGUCCCUGUACCGUAACUUAGUGCAUAAAUAAUACGAAUAAUCAUUUCUACUAAUGUAAUUUAUAAUUCUGGCUAUUUUUAGACCAACUUCUAUGUAAAAUUCAGAUUCAUAGAAUAUUUUAUGCAUUCUAAAAUAUUGAUCUGAGCAUCGAUUAACACAAAACAUGUCUAUAAACAAUAGUAAAUGUGAAGAUUUGUUAAGGAUAAAAUUUUAUUACAUCAAAUAUUCAAAUACAUGAAAAUAAUUCGGCUAGAAAACCUUUAAGAACAUACAUACUAUAUAAUAAGAUGCCCUUUUUUUUGUCAACAUAUAAUAAGAUGCCCACGACAAAAAAUUUUCACAAAGCCUAUUUUGUAGUGAGUGAUAUGCAUAUAUAAAUAUAGUCUAUGUAUUGUUAUUACUUUGGUCACAAGCUGCAAUUAAACAGUUGAAAACUGAAAAAAUUAUAAACACAUGCACAUCUUAAAUUAUGUAGGAUUCAGAUAAAAUUUAUUAUCAAUCAAUUCCAUACUCAUUACAUAUUCAUUAUUAUUAUUAUUUUCAUAAUGCUCUUAUAUAUGAUCAGUUAGUGCAUUUAGAAAUGAUGAAUGAACUUCUUUCUUUUUAUUUGUAGAUUACAAGCUAAUUUUUUUGAAUCCGAGUAUUUUUGUUUACUUUCAUUUCAACUUGUAGCAGUGUCACUACUUAUGCAUCUUUAAUCGGUGCAUUUAUACCUCGUUCAUUUUCACUUAUCAUGUUAUAUAUUAUAAUGCACAAUGUCCUUUCACUGCCACUUUUUUAUUUAAAGAUUAAUAUUAUUAAAAUACACUAUUGUUUUAUUUUUAGUUUGAAUAUUUAUAUAUUUAUUUAAAUAUGUAAAAUUUAAAUUUAUAAGAACAUAUGUAAAAUAUAUAAGAAAUAUAAAAUUGUAAAAACUAAAAUGUUAAAUAAGAAAAUUAUCAAGAUUCUUUAAAAGAUAAAUAAAUACAAAUACUAAAUACACGAAAUCUCAAUAUAAGGUUUCGAACAGUGAAACCUCAAAUAUAAAAUUUUACUGUUAAAAACCUUAUAAUUUGAAGUUUUGAAGUUAAAAUACAUAAAAUUUUAUAUUUCAAGUUUUAAAGCUGCUCUUGAAAAGUACAAUGAAAUGUAUGAAAAAUAACAUUUAGUCCAGGAGUAGAAAUCUUAGUCGUUAAAACCACACAUAUGUGAUUUAAUGGGAGGCGAAUUUCAGUGGGCUAAUGACUUGGGUUCGAAGCAACCCCACAAUAUUAAACAUAUGUGCUCAGAUGACAUGAAUUUUUAAUUUCCAUUAUGAACAACCAUAUUUGUCUGAUGCCGAUUGAUAGACGCCUAUGGAAUUAAUCGGUUGGGAUUCGAUCCGCUAAAUAUUUCCCAAAUAUAAAAAAAAAUUGUUUGUAGUCGCUUCCAUAAAUCAAGUUUCAGAAAAACGUUGACCUAAGAUUUUAAUAUACGAUCGGUAGAAAACCUAUACCUCUAAAUUAAACUUUGUCACUUUAAAGUUUUUCGCAGUCUGUGUAUUACUAUAGUUUCAUAAUAAAAUAAGUACUAGUAUAGUUUAUAAACAACUUCGCUGAACAAAAAUUAAAAUUGAUUAAAAGCAAAAAGAAAAUUUAUAUACUCCAGUAUUUGACUUUUACUGUUGCCGGCAAGAAUCCGAACAUUGGACUUCACAUUGGUUAUUUAAACGUAGGCAUUUUCAUUGUCUGAAAUAAACUUCAAUAAAAGCCUUAAAUCCUGCGCAUUUUAUAAUCCCGAAGCUAUACUAAAUUCAUUAAACGAGAUUUUAAUUACUUUACAAUUUCCUGUGAUCAUGUUGAGAAAUGCAAAUGUUUAAAUUAGUAACUCGAAAUUUAGUUAUGUAUUUUUACUGUUCAUAUACCAAGGCUGAUCUGAAGGUCUGCCGUGGCUCAAUCUCUACCUUCCACAUUUAAUGUAAUAUAAUGGGGCACACACACUGUUAUACAGUACUCCCUCCGUACCUUAAUGACAGACUUUUUAGAAAAAAAAUUUGUUUCAGAAAGAUAUAUUUUUUGUGUUUUCUAUGAAAAAUUGUAAACUUUGAAAAAAUUAAUUAACUUUAUUGAAUUACUAUUGGUUAAAAGUUAUUAAAAAUUAAAAAUUACAGAAAAUAAUACAUUUAUUAUGGUAGUUUAAUGUGUUUUUUUAAUAUGUAUGAAAAUAUUAAAAAAUCUAUCUUUGUGGAACGGAGGGAGUAGUAUUAAAAUUCUACUCCAUCCAUUUUAGGUUAAAAUUUGUUUCGUUUUAAAUUACGUUUUCAAUACAUUUAUUUGUGAGUUUUUCCAAUUUUAUUCUUAUUCUUUUGGUUCAUAGUUCGAUAAAACAAUGUAUUGUUUAUGGGAAAACAUCAAAUUAUCGAUUUUCUGAAUUUAUAUAAAAACCCUAAAACUACAAGUAAUCUGAAAGGAAACAAAAGGAAAGGAGUAUCAGGUAAGAAAAAUCUUUCUUUAACGUAUUCGUUUUGUCUAAUACUUAUGAGUAUUGAUCUAAAGAAAUCGCCAAUAAAACUAAGUGGUACAUAAAGAAGAUAAAUGUUGCUAUGCAUAAUUUUCGACACCUUUGUUUGAAGGAGGCCCGAACAUGCAAAAAGAAAAGGGGAAAGAAGCCAAAAUGAGUUUGACUCAUGAUUUAUCACGGCUACCUCAAAAGAGCAAACAAAAAAGGAAUACAUUAAUUUCAUCUUCAUUUUCAGAACAGUUGUAUAAACAGCAUAUGUCCUCGUAGUAGAAAAACAAACAUAUCUAAAUAUUUUAUUAUUUAUAAAAAAGUAUAUUACAUUUGAAUAAGUGUAAUACAAUAUCUCUGUACUCACACACACAAAAUGUAAAAAUACAAAAUGGGGGUCUGUAAUAUGUUGGUAUUAUUAUGUGCCUUUGAAUUCAGCCCCAAACACCUAAUUGGCGAAGAGUGUAAAAUUGAGAUUCAAAAUAUCGUCAAAAUU